AUGGCGAUUGAACCCAUUGACCCCUUCUCGGACUCUCGGGUCACCCAUGAAACAGCAAAAGUGAAUGGCUACACCUACCACUACAUCCUAGGCGUUCCACAGAAUGGCCAAUACAAAGCAACCGUCUUUCUCAUUCAUGGCUGGCCCGAUCUCUCAAUAGGAUGGCGAUACCAGAUCCCUUUCCUCAUCUCACUGGGCCUCCGAGUUGUUGCUCCUGAUCUGAUGGGCUUUGGUGGCACCGUAAUUCCGCCAAACUCCAUCCACCUCUACGGCUUCAAACGAGCUGCAGACGACAUCGCUGAACUAGCGAAGCAACUGGGUUGCAAGCAGAUCAUCCUGGGCGGCCACGACUGGGGCGGUAUGGUCGUCUGGCGCACCGCACUGUGGCACCCUGAGCUCAUCUCGCAUGUCUUUUCUAUCUGUACGCCGUACGCGGCGCCGCAGAAAAAGUACAUUUCGACGGAGCAGCUGGUGCAGGGGCCGAUGCCGCAGGCUGCGUACCAGCUGCAGCUUGCGGGGCCGGAUGUUGAGGCGGCGCUCCAGAGCGAGGAGGACAUGAGGAUCUUUUUCAAUAUGAUGUCUGGUGGGAGGGGUCCAAAUGGGGAGGUCGGGUUUAGCCCGGAGAGGGGAGUGCAUUUUGAAGACUUGAAGAAGUUGAAGAGGGGGCCGCUGUUGGAUGAGAAGACAUAUGAAUUCUACGUCCAACAGUACUCCCGCAACGGCUUGCACGGGACUUUGAACUGGUACCGCACACGUGAAGCGAACUACAAGGACGACCUCAACCUUCCCACGGAUAGGAUCGAGAUGCCAGCUCUCUUCAUCCAAGCGAACUACGACAGCAUACUGAAGCCAUCAAUGGCUGUUGGGAUGGACAAGUACUUCACUCAGCUCACCAGAGCGGAUGUCGACGCGCAGCACUUCUGCCAGGUAACUCAUCCUGAUAAGAUCAAUGCGAUUCUGAAGAAUUGGCUUGACGGUGUUGUUUUCGGUGGUAAGAGUACGCUUUGA